UUUGGAUACAGCCUCUUCGAGGUGAUCCUCUUUCUAUCGCUGCCUAUCGCUCUCCUCAAGACCGCCUUCAGUCUGAUUCACCUGUUUGCUGCCUCCAUAAACCUAACUGGCCUGGACAUCGCGAACCGAAAGAAGGAUACGGUGGCCGCAUCGUAG